GGCCUUUCCCCCACCCACUUUCUCAGCCUGGCGGCGGGCCUAGGGCGGGAAGCGCUGGAGGGGACGCGGGCUUGCAAAACUAUGAGCGCGGCGGCUUCGGGCCCUGGCCGGCGGGCGCGAGUGUCCCGCCUGGUCUCCUUCAGCGCGACCCAUCGGCUCCACAGCAAAUCUCUGAGUAAUGAGGAAAACUUGAAACUGUUUGGGAAAUGCAACAACCCAAAUGGCCAUGGGCACAAUUAUAAAGUUGUGGUGACAGUACAUGGAGAGAUUGAUCCUGUUACAGGAAUGGUCAUGAAUUUGACUGACCUCAAAGAGUAUAUGGAGGAGGCAAUUAUGAAGCCCCUUGAUCAUAAGAAUCUGGAUCUGGAUGUGCCGUAUUUUGCAGAUGUUGUAAGCACGACAGAAAAUGUAGCUGUAUAUAUCUGGGAAAACCUCCAGAAAUUUCUUCCUAUAGGAGUUCUUUAUAAAGUAAAAGUAUAUGAAACUGAUAAUAAUAUUGUAGUCUAUAAAGGAGAAUAACUCUUAGAAGUUAAUUCUAUAGAAUGAUUUAAUUUUUUUCCAUAUUUGAAGAAGAUCUUUAUCCCCUUGGAUGAUUAAGAAGUCAUCACAUAAUUGUUGCAUCUCCAUAUUGAGUUCUGGAGCACUUGAUUUAUUGGAAUCAUUGUGAAUAAGACCUGUUUUAGACUCAAAUCUAUUUUAAAAUCAAAUUUGUAAUGUAUUCUGAGUAUCAUUUAAAGAGUCUUUCAUCUAUAGAUUAAAAUCAUUUCAGCAAAAUGUUUGGUGUAGAAUUAUAUGAAAGCAAAAGAAAUCUGUUUUUUCCAUUA